CGGCCUGCUCGGACGAAGAAGUCGACAGACAGAGUUCACGCCACCAAUAUUGCAUUGACAGCCUGCUCUGCCUCUUCUUCUUGUUGUUCCUUUCUCGGAUUGGGACAAGGCGUUCCUGGCCUGUAUUUACAUGUCUCAGCGACGUUGGAUCACCCGAAAUGGCCGAAUCUCCCGCAUCCGAAGCCUCACAAGAGCCUGAAUCGGGCGACGAGUCGAACGCGGCGCAUCCGCCAGCUAAAGCGCCCGCGGUCAAGGACAAAGAAUGUCAAUACUGUCAUCAGCAGUUCACCUCCUCCUCACUCGGUCGCCACCUCGACCAGUUUAUAUCCAAGAAGAAACCAGAUGGAGUCCAUGAUGUUGAGGAGAUCCGGAGGCUGCGAGGAGGCAUCACGCGCCGCACGGCGAGAAGCAGCAAACGGGACCGGGACAAGAAUGAUCAUGAAGAUACCCGCUCAUCGCAGGCGUCUCCAGGCCCCAGUAUCGGUCCUCAACCGGGUACUCUGAUCUCGUCCGCCAUCGAACUCAACCGUGUCCCUCCUGGCGGCAUGCACGUCCGCCUGAACAGACUCAAUUGGCAGGCAACAGGCGUCAUUACAGACCCAACCACCCUCGACUCACCGGCCACUGCUGCGGCUGCGGCUGCUCCUCCUACUCCUGCGGUCGUAUCGAGCCCUUCCGGGACCAAGCGCAGUUUCUCUGUCUACGCCCAAGACCUUAAUCCCGCCAGCAACGCCGAGAAUACUCGCGCUCUCGAGCUCGCUCUACGCGAGGUCCUCGACUCUCUCCGCGCAGCCACAAAGCAUGCCUCUCCUAAGCCCUCUCCCUUCAAGUUCGACAUACAGACCCAGACAUUUCCUUCGCUAUGCUUAAAACUCUUGUCUGCGCCCGCAACCCUAUUCCAAGCUUCUCCCUUCUCCACGCCACAAUCCAUCCCAAUCAACCCACCUGGCCCUGAUCAACUUGCCCCCCUGCGUCAAACGCUGACCUCGACAAUCGAUCACUGGAAAUGGCAUACCCUGCGCCUCGCGCAACCCACGACUUCCAACAUUGCGGAGGAGGCGGAUUUCUUGACACGGAGUGCGGCGCAGUGGACUGAAUCAACCCUUUCGCAUCUAGAAACAUGCUUUCAAAAUUGGAUGGCACACCCGAUCGAGAUUCGCAAUCUAUUGUGGCAGGUCGAACUGCUAAGGGCGUACAACACGGAGCAGCAGAAAGUGCAGGAGACGGAAGAAAGACUGGAGAGAUUACAGCAAGAAGCAAGUCAACUGCAGCAACAGGUCGAAUACCUCUCUCGGUGUCAGUGGCCGCGCGAAAUGGCGCUGUGGCCGCCCGAGCGUAGGACGUUCGGAGCGUCCAUGCGCGAGGAGUUGCGACUGAUAAAUCUAAAUAAGGUGCCUGCAGGAUCAGUCGGAUCCGACGCACCGGAAGAGAUGGUUUCUCUGCCUUCGGAGAACGUUAAUACAAGGCAGGGUGACAAGUGGGACUUCGACAAGUUGGUCAACAAGUGGAAAGCCCACGUGCGGGAAGAUAAGAAUCGGCGCAUGCCUCAAUCUCUGGUAUCUGUGGACGGUAACGGUGGCGGCGUAGGAGGGCCCCCAGCCGUGAAAGUGGCAGAGCUCAAGAAGACACAGAGCGAACCAGGGGUAAACGGGUUAUCCAAUGGUCAGUCGCCAACCAGUACGGACGAAAGGCGAAAAGGUGGAAGAAAUCAAAAGGCAAAUAUCAGCAUUAUUUCGGACCUUUGAAUCGAGACAAAAUGCAAUUGACCAUAAUAUAAUGAUAUUGUAGCUCCAAACUUGAC